UCAAAACACAUUUGCCAGAUUCUUGUAAUUGUUUUUCCAUUUUCCAUGUAAAAACCUUUCAAUUGCCAUGACUUGCCAUAUUUGUAAUGCCGACAUCGUCCAUAUAAAACGUCUCGGCCAAUUGUGUUUGAAAUUAGUCUCAUCUCGGAUAAUAUGGAGGCCAAAUUCAACGCGGGUCACGCUCAACUACGCGGAAUUCCCCAACAUUUGGGCUAUAGGAUUACAAUAAUCUGCACUUAUGGCCUGUUAUGGCUGUUCGCCUUGACACCAUUCAGCAAAAACUCCAUCAUCUAUCUGCUGUACAUUGGCGCUGCCUUUGUUGCCAUUGCGGGAAUUAGCUAUCGCGCCGUUACCCAUCGUCUAAUGAAAGACGACGAUGGUUUAAAUGGAUUUGUGAGCAUCAUUUUGUUUAUGUCGCACAUUUGUGGCCACGUUGUUGUGCUGCUAAAUUCCUGGUCUAUGCGCCAUCUGCGUAUUCCAAUGUACGAUAAAUCCUACUCAAUAACCAUAAAACUUCGUGAGAUUAUACAAAUUCCGUUUCAGACCAAGGUUAUGGUCCAUAAAAUGUUGAGCUUUUCCAUAGCAUUUAGUUGUUUGAUCGUUUUCGGACAUAGUUUGAUUAUUGCCACCACCCUGAAGACUUCAUCGGCAGCUGGAAGUCUCUAUAAAUAUUCGCUGUACAGCUCGUUGGCUUUGCAACUGAAAACUUGGGAGAUUAUAACCAUGAUGAUCCAUGUCAACUAUUAUAUUCAGAUAAUGCGCCAGAACAUCAAUGAAAUGGGUGAACGUAAUAUCAGAAAGUUAUUCUUCAAUGAAAUGGCGAACGCCUUCGCAAACGAGGGGAAAAAGGCUAAAUUCAUAAAUGUCCAGGCCCAUCGCCAGCAGGAGGUGGAUGAAAAUCAAAUUGAAUUACUCAAGGAAUGCUACAGCGAAACCUAUGCUUUGUUUCAAAUCAUCAAUCAGGCCUAUGGCUGGUCUCUCUUGGCCAUCACUGCGGUGUCGUUUGUGGAGUUUGUUUGCAAUUGUUAUUGGGUUCUGUUGGCCCUGAUAACCCAGGCAUACAACUAUUACAGCUUGUUCCAGAAUGGAUGUUUUGCCGUAUUGGCAUUUGUUUUGCUCAGCAUUUUGUGUUGGCUUUGCGAAACGGCCAGUUAUGAGAGCCGUUACAUUGGCUGCUUAAUAUCGAAACUGGUCAAACAACCGCUGGGCAAUAAGCGUUACAAUGAUUUGGUUAGCGAAUUUUCUGUUCAAACGCUUCAUCAGCGUUUCAUUGUGACAGCCAAGGAAUUUUUCGCCUUAAAUUUGGGUCUGUUGGGAAGUAUGGUCGCUGCUAUUGUCACUUAUUUGGUAAUCCUCAUUCAAUUCAUGUUUACGGAAAAGAGCAACGGGGAUUCAAAAAUUUCUAGCAGCAAAUUGGAAACAACAACUAUUGCAAAUACUUUGCUGCUCACAACCUCUGCAUUAAACUCAACUAUAUUGGACAUGUUUGAAAAUAAUAAUUAA